UCCAAAUCAUCCAAUGAUAGCAAGAACCGUCACAAGAAGCCCAAGGACACCAAGCCCAAGGUGAAGAAGCUGAAGUAUCACCAGUACAUCCCUCCGGACCAGAAGGCGGAGAAGUCCCCUCCACCCAUGGAUUCUGCAUAUGCCAGGCUCCUCCAGCAGCAGCAGCUCUUUCUGCAGCUCCAGAUCCUCAGCCAGCAGCAGCAGCAGCAGCAACAGCAGCAGCAGCAGCACUUCAGCUACCCAGGGAUGCACCAAGGCCAGCUAAAGCAAUCAAAUGAGCAAAUGGCCAAAAGUUCAAAUUCUUCAUCAGCUUCUGUCAACACCACCCCUCUUUCUCCUGUGAAAACCACCUUUUCAGGCCAGACUUGUGUCUCAUCUAUCAAGCCAGGCCCACUGCCGUCUAACCUGGAUGAUCUGAAAGUGUCGGAACUGAGACAGCAGCUCCGAAUACGAGGCUUGCCUGUGUCUGGUACCAAAACAGCACUGAUGGAACGGCUGCGGCCCUUCCAGGAGUGUGGCAGCAACACGGUGCCAAACUUCAGUGAGAUCACCACCGUCACCUUCCCAGUAACUCCGACAAGCACCCUGUCGAGUUACCAGUCGCAGUCCUCCACCAGCAUGUUAUCGAACGGCUUCUACCACUUUGGCAGCACCAGCUCCACUCCGCCCAUCUCUCCAGCUUCCUCUGACCUCUCUGUGAGCGGCUCUUUGCCAGACACGUUCAAUGAUGGGCCCAUGUCUUCUCCACAGUUCGGUCUCCAGCCAUCUCCAGUUCAUGGUAGUGCUGAAGAAAGCCUCAUGAGUAGCAUGAAUGGAGGGAGCAUCCAGCUGGAGCUGGAAGGGAUUGACACAGAGAAAGACAAGAUGCUGGUAGAGAAGCAGAAGGUCAUCAACGAACUAACGUGGAAACUGCAGCAAGAGCAGAGGCAGGUGGAGGAGCUACGGAUGCAACUCCAGAAGCGGAAGAGAAGCAAUGGCCUUGAGGAGAAGCAGCAACCCACUCAGCAUUUCUUUGGUGUCCCCAUCAAGCAAGAAAACACAGUGUCCAGCUGCCCAUUUGCAUCCAAACAAACUGCCUUGAAAGGCCAGGCCAGCAGCUCGGAUAAGUUAAGUAACUGUGGGGUGCCGCAGCUGCCUCACAUUGUAAAUAGCCACUGCUUGGAGCCUGCGGGGCAAAGCACCAUCACCUCCUCCACAUUCCUGAGCCCGCAGUGCUCCCCCCAGCACUCUCCGCUCGGGGCUGCAGAGGGGCGCAGCGGGUCCCCUCAGACCAACAGUUGCCUUCGCACGGCGCCGCAGAUGACGCGAAGUCAACAGAUGGACGAGCUCCUGGACGUGCUGAUUGAGAGCGGAGAAAUGCCAGCCAAUGCCAAGGAAGAUCGGUCCUGCCUCCAGAAAGUACCUCAGAUAACAGUGUCUACAGGGAACUCCAGCGCUUCGCUCCCGAAGUCGUCCACCCCGUUCGAGCAGGUCCCCUCCGGGCAGCUCUCCUUCGAGCACUGUCCAGGCAGCAGCGAUGCUCACCUCGAGGUCCUGCUCAACACCCACAGCCCCCUGGGGAGGGUCAGCGAAAUCGCCCUGCUGAAGAUGGGGGGAGAAGAGUCCCACUUCGAAGGGAUGAUGGAGGGCUUCUCCGGCAAAGCCGCAGAUGAACUGCUCACCUCCCAGGAGAUUUUACAGACUCCCCUCUCGCCCAUGGACACCCAGCUCUCCCCUUCCCCUGCCGAUGGCUCUGGUUUACAUAUGAGUUUCACUGAGUCUCCGUGGGAAACGAUGGAAUGGCUGGACCUCACACCCCCCAGCUCUGCCACCGGCUUCGGCUCUCUCACCCCUGCAGGUCCCAGCAUCUUCAACAUUGAUUUCCUAGAUGUUACUGAUCUCAAUCUAAACACCAGCAUGGACCUGCACCUGCAGCAGUGGUGAAAGGGAGGGUGGUAGAGGCAGGAUACCGCAGCAGCCAGCACAGCAUUUCUGUCACGCUGGAGAACACGCAG